CAGCAUACCACGCCACCCGCUCGGACUUGCUCGCGUGGACACAUGUGUAAAUCCACAAAAAGAAGUCAGAGGACGCGGUAAUAUCGUCUCACACGGGGAGGAAAUUCGUCGCGGGACCCCGCGGCUCCCGCGGCAUCUGCUAUAACGUGGCCUCCGAGAUUACCGAAGUCAUGCCGAGAAACCGCGUGUUAGGUCAUGCGUCGCUUCCAGCGAGCGGUAGUCGCUGUGUAUUUUUUUCAGUAUCAAAAAUGGGUACAUUUGCGAGCUUCUCGUGACGCUCACGCUAGGAUUUCAAAUGUCCAAAUAUUGAAAGAGGGCUCCUCUGUCCACCUAUAAUAUUAAACUUGGAUUUUUACGCAGCUCCACACGAUCUUGCACAUAAUCUUUAGCAUAGAGAACGAGAACGAGUAAGGAAACCAAACUUAUUACCGUAUUUUUUUUUCUUUUUUUUCAGGCACUUCUCAGAAGAACAAGUGAUAACCACGCACAUCACCAUCACUGCGAAUCAGUUAGAAUGCAGCACGAAUCCCAGCCCAAAAACAACAAACCUGGCUACGACGCGGCUGCGUACUCGGACAACGUCAAGUGUUUGUUCCCUGUAAUAACUAAGCUGCUAAAUUAUUACAACUUGACGUUCGACAAUGCGCUAGACAGAGGCAUCGGGCAAGAAAGCACGAAUCCAUGUGGGCCAUUGCGAUUUCUCGACGUGGGCUCUGGCUGCGGUCGAGUGACCUUGCAGAUCCUUUUGCCCAGCGUUCCAGACAAUGUAGAGAGAAUUGUAGGGGUCGACUUGUGCCCAAACAUGCUUUCCUACGCUCGCGAGCACAGUUCUCAUCCAAAGCUAGCGUACGAACAGCUGGACAUAACAGGAGACGUCUCCGAGUUCCUCAGGCUGUACGGACCUUUCGAUCGCCUCUACAGCUUUAACAGUCUUCACCGCGUGAAAGACCAGCCCAAAGCAUGGAGUAACAUGGCGAAGCUUUUGAAGCCUGGUGGAGAAUGUCUUCUCUUUUAUGGCGCUUGGUACGUUACACCGGAUAUUUGGAGGGCACUGGCCAGAAAGCAACGCUGGAGCAGGUUUGCAGAGGUAUGGGAAGGCCUCAUUCCGCCGUCACAGGACAUGGGGAGUACUGAAGAGAGGCUGAGCUACGUCCAAUCGCUGGCGAAAGACGUUGGACUGGAAUUGAGGAGCUGCGAGAUGGCUCACAUCUACCUCCCUCUGCAAGAAUGGUCCGGAAUGCUGACGGCAUUGAUACCAGGAAAUAACACCCUGAGCGCCGAAGAAAGGUACGAUUUGUUCAAAGAAGCUAACGAAGAAUUUCAUCAGUGGCUACGAGGGCGGAAGAACCCGCGCUUGGCUGACAACUAUGUAAUACACGGGAUAAAGCCAAUGAAACAUCAUACAUAA